AUAAUUAAGUUAUUAUGCAAUGCAACACUACAAACACAAAAAGCGCACAGACAUCCGAAGCAAGCAAAUAAAACGGAGUGAGUGUGUGAAGUAUCUCUACACCAAAACCGAUCUCUCUCUCACUCUGUAACGGUUACUUUUCUGCCUCUUUCUUUGUUGUUAGAACCAUCAAAAUUAAAAAUAAACUGUCAUCAUUCACUUCAAAUUACUACUUGCUUCUUCUUUCUUGCUGCUCUCAAAUCAUGGAUUCUAACAACAAUCACAAGGAGCCAUGGAAUUGGCAUGGGGAGGGUUAUUGUCUCCAGAAGACUUCCAACUUCGAAAUUUCCGAGGAGCUGUGGAAUGACGUGCCUCAAAAUGAAGAAGAUCUUUCCUACAUGUUUGAUGAUGAAAGAACCCCGGUCAAGGCUUGUGGUGAUUUGGCAUAUAAUGUCAAUAAUGGGGAAAAGGAACUAGAAGAAUGUAGGGAGAAUUCUCAAGUCAAGAGGCGGCGUAUGCUACACUUCAACAACCAAGAUAGGGAUCAUUCUCUCUCCAACAUGGAGACAUCUUCACUGUGUUUUAAAAAUGGGAAGGAUGAUUCAAUUAAGGAUAUUUUUCCAGAAGUUUCACAAUGGAUGUCUGGAGCAUCAGAUUAUGCAGUGGAAAAUGUACCUGACCUUGAAUCUACUGAAGGGUGGCUUACUGACUACUUAAAUGAUGCUGAGAUGCAUUUCAGUCCUGAUGAUUUGAAUUUUUCAGGAGCAGAUGAUGUGCAUAUUGAUGUUGCAGAGUUGUGUAACAUCACACCAUCACAUGAACAAAAUGUGGUUACGCAGCAUGUCACUCGAACCCCUAAAAAUAUUGUCUUCAAAGGUAAGAAAUCUUUUAUAAGGACACCCACAAAGUUGGCUUCUACUGUGGCCUAUCCAUUUGCCUUCAUUAAACCAAGUGGUGCCCAUGGAGAUGUAACUCUGAAGGAAAUCAAUCAGCGCAUUCGAACUCCUCCUCCUUCAAAAUCAAAGCAAAUCAGCGAUGAUCCGUCUGCUUACCCCAAAUCAGCCUUCUCAGGGAAGCCUGUGGUCGGUAAAACAAAAAUCCGCACAGAAGGGGGAAAAGGUAGCAUCACAAUUAUGAGAACUAAAGGCUAAGUGAAAGUUGUCUGGUACUAAGUACUAACUUUUGUCUCACAAAGUCACCUAUUAAUUAAUAUGUUGGUUGCUUCAUUUUGUGUAGAUGCUAAUACUGCAACUUUUUAUUAUUUCCUUAUUUACAACCUUAAAUUACACCACCUUAGUGUUUGUUUUCUAGUGGGGUCUAGAUAUUAUUUUAGCUGUUAUUUUGGGGAACAUUAUUUUGUUAAGUCUCUAAUGAGAAUCUUAAUUAAGCUCUUUUCGUCCCUACAACACCCCAUGGUCUAUCUAUAUAUAUGAGACAAUUUGACUAAGCUUGUGCUUAGCUUUUGUAAUUGAAACAUACAAUCAUUUUAAGUUGGCCUUGUCUAUGCAGAGUUUUGCAUGUCCCUUGCUACAGAA